GACUUGCCUGAUUCAAGAGUUAUUUUCGUCGUUAGACGUGUGUUGCACUUCAAAACCGUUUUAAAAAGACGAUCAAGUAGUUCAAAGAUCAGAGUACAGUCAUCAUGUCAUUAGCAGGGUUCAAAAAACAGAUUAACAAGGCGAAUCAGUUCAUGAGCGAGAAGAUUGGUGGUGCCAAAGGAUCGAAAUUAGAAGAAGAUUUUGUGGAGCUGGAAAGAAAAACAGAUCUUACUGCAAACCUGGUGGAUCAUGUUAGUAGUAAAACAAAAGAAUACCUUCAGCCUAACCCAGCUGCACGGGCCAAGCUUACAAUGCAAUCUACCGUACACAAAGUGAGAGGUGAAGCCAAAGUGUCAAGGUACCCUCAACCAGAGGGCCUUCUUGGAGAGACCAUGCAAAAAGGUGGCCAGGAGCUGGGUGAUGAGUCACUCUUCGGCCAAGCCCUUCAGGAUGCUGGGGAGGCCUUUUCAAAUCUAGCUGAAAUUAAAGAAGCACUUGACAAUACUGUCAAACAGAACUUCCUUGAUCCCCUGGAUCAGCUCAGAAACAGGGAUAUCAAGGAGAUUAUGCACCAUAGAAAGAAACUACAGGGACGGCGACUUGAUUAUGAUUGUAAAAAGAGAAAAGGACCCAAAGUUCCAGAAGAAGAAGUCAGAGCUGCAGAAGAAAAAUUCGAGGAAUCUAAAGAGAUUUGUUAUAACAGUAUGCUGAACCUCAUUGAGACUUCUGAUGUGGAACAAGUAAGCCAGUUAGCAGCCCUCGCAGAAGCAAUAUUUGAUUACCACAAACACUGCUCAGAUGUCAUGGAGAGCCUGGUGGCCACUCUGAACAACAAGGUUUCUGAAGGUAGCAGUCGUCCUCGAAGUGAGCGAAGGUCCAUUCGCGUUCGCAGUAAUGAUGAUAGUGAUGAUGAGUCCAACUCCUCUUACAGUUUCUCACCCACACCAUCUGCUGCUCCAUCAGCUCCACCUCCAGCUCCCACCCCUGCAACUAAUGGUGCUUACUACAGUGGCCCAUUCAAAGCAGUGUAUGAUUUUGAGUCAGAAAAUGACAAUGAACUUGGUUUUAAUGAAGGUGAUAUAAUCCAAGUGGAUGAACAAAUAGAUGAAAACUGGCUUUCUGGAACAUUAAAUGGCCAAACUGGAAUGUUUCCUCUUAAUUAUGUAGAGAAAAUGUAAUUUUAAUCAAUCAUUUUGAGCAAUUUUCAGGUUUCGCUGGGCUCCAGUGGAGUGAUAUGUCAAUUUAAUUAAUAUGACAAAAGUAAUUUUUGCCAUAUCAAAACAAACUUUGGAAUCUAGGGUAUAUAAUUUUUACAUAUUAAAUGAAAGCUGAGAGAGAAUCUGUGCAUUAUUAGGUUGUUUAAAAACUGAUCUUAAACAACCCUUGAAAUUAAUUGAUUGUAGCUCAAAGGAGGUUGAGCUCUUGAUAACCAGUAGCAGUUUUUGAGAGACAAAAAAGAAAUUAUCAGGGCUUGACACUAACGGUAGCCAACUAGCCACAGAAUAGUAGAAAUUCAGUUUUAGCAUGUGGUUUUCAGUUUUCACUGGCCAGUUUGGCUAGUAAACAAACUGAAAUUGUUGUAGCAUCUGAGUUGUAACUAACCACCUAGCUAGUAAGUUGAAAAGUAAGUGUCGAGUCGUGAUUAUAAGGUUGUUUUUUUUCCAAACUGAUUGCUUCAUACAGUGGUCAUAUUACUCAAGUUCUAGGCAACCAAGGGCAGAUCUCAAAGGAAAUAUGAUCACAGUUGAUUGAUUUCUGUUUUAUAACCUGACCAUCAUGAUAAAAAAUUGAAUUUUACUUGUAAUUAUACUGUGGUUUGUGGAUUAUGUGAUAAUGAAGACAGUUAUUAUUUUCUGUAAUAAAAAAAUGCAGCUUAAUUUUAUUGAUCAUCCUGGUAUAGGAAAUUGUUUAGACAUAAUUGAUAAACACGCAGCUAUAGUAACCAAAAGGGUUUGCUUAUAUUAGUCUCUGAACAGUUUGUUCUCCAUUCAAAAAUGUGCCAUAAAUGACAGUACACUUCACAACUGUGAAAGUCACUACCUUACUUGUACGAAGGAGUUCAGAAUGUAACAUGUACACAAUUAGGUGGUUAAUUGUUUUGGCAAACUUGUGCACUUUUAGUUAUAAAAGUUAGUACAUGUUUUGUAUCUUCAGUAUAACAGGAGUUUCAUUAUUGUUUUCCAGCAGGAGGGUAACUGGUUUACACAGUUGGGCUAACUUUUUGAACUGAACUUCCUUCUAGGAUAAACUUUCCUCUUGAUGGUUAAACUGGGUGGGCAAAUGCUUCCUCACAGCCAGUCAAUUUGCCUGGUGCCCGGCCCUCAUUGAAACCCCUGGUAUAUAUCCUUGUAUUUAAAAGUGAGAGAAAUUAUCGCAAGCUUUAGUAACCCACCUCCGCACAGUUAUGAAUGGGUUCACCCAGAAGUCGUCUGUUACAUGUGCAUGAGUUAUCUUUGUAGUGCAGCUUGAGGUGAGGUAUUCAUUAAAUUGUUCUCAGGAUGGCUCCUUAACAAGGCAGUCUGAGGCGAUUGAAUGUGGACCUUUUAAGUAAGUGUUAAUGAUCACUGAGAGAUCCAAUUUUGCAUUAAAGGUCAAAUGUUAUUGGUUA